AUGGCGGCCGAUGCGCUUCUCCCAAGGUUGGCAGAGUCCAUCUUCCUACGGUUAAAUCUUCUUGGAGCCAUGCAGCUUGCUUCGAUGCCAGUGACUCCGCUCGGACGUCGGAUGGCGUACUUUGGUUGGGACGAGCACGCCCAGUCACAGACUCAAGCAGUCACCACAGGCCAGAUGGCCCAGCUCAAAAGCUGGCCCGACCGCGAUUUCGCAGCUCAAGGCUACUGCUUGCCAGCCGUCCCAGCGGUCCCCCCGGUGCCCGACCAGUCGUUUGAGCUGCAGGCCACCAGCACCCAGGUCAGCAGACCCGUUCCCGCACCAACCAUCGUGCCGGCAACCGCCGUUGCAUCGUACGAAUCUCGCGACAGCACCGGAAGGGUGUGGGGUGUUCCAAAUGCUGGUGGCCGUGGACAAUGUCUGGAUUGCCCGAACAAGGCGGCCCUGCCCAGCAAUCGGUGCAAAGAUUGCCAGCUCCGUCGUGGAAGAGGGACGCCAAUGCAGGACCUGAGCGCUCUGCGGCCGGCGCUUGAUGCUGCUGCUCGACGACGGCCAGAUCGGCAGGCCCUUGUUGAUGCCCGCCUUCGUGUCCUGUACGAGAAGUUGCAGAAUGGCCAGAUCGCCGACGAGAUCCAGCAGAAGUUGUUCAGAUUUGCAGAUGCGCUGGGUGCCGGACAUGAGAAAGAUGCCCAAGCGGUUUUGCAGGAGCUCGUGGCCGAGUACUGGCAGCAGCACAAGUACUGGAUCUCCGGCCUGAAAUGGACGCACGCCCGGCACCUCUCGUCCUCUUUCCUGAGCCUGCAAAAGUCACCCUGUCGGCAGCCGGCAUAUCCGGACUACAUGACAGAAAAUCAGGACUCGGAGUUCUGCUUGCCAGUCCUCGAGCAAGUAACGGUAUGUGCAGUCUCUUCUGCGAGUUUGUGA